UUUACCUAUUAAAUUCUUUGUCAGGGUGAAUGAAGUUAAGCAGUCCAUCAAUAAGGGGCCAAAGACGCUCCAAAGAUCUCUGUGCAUCAACUUUGGCUGCUCUCAUUAAAGGAUUUUAUCCGAGAAAUGUUGUGAGAUACUUUGCAAACUAAUUGCUUGGAUAAUUAGAUCAGGUGCUGUUGCCACUGACUGUUAAUAAGAUGGACAGAUCUGACACAUCUGGUUUUGUGAGUGGUGGAGGUAGCUUGUUAGAGUAUCUUCUGCUGGCUCUUUUAAUUCUGAUUUAUGUGCCUGCUAGUGGCAUCUACUAAAGACUCUUUUUGCUAGUUUCCUUUGUGCUAUAGCCCACAACAUCUCUAAAAUGGAUCUAAACAAGAAUAAUAUACAGUCUUCUCAAACUCAAACUUUUGAUCUAACAAAAAAUGACAGUUUUGGAGAUACCACUCUCCGUUUAAACUGUCUUGGCUAUGGAGGAAGCAACCCUACUGGAUUAAGAAGUAAAAGCAAUCUACGUAUUGAUUUUGCCAAUGUUCUUGAUGACAGCUGCGGAUUGGUUCUUGGAUUGGGUCCAACACCAAGUACAUAUUGUGAUUAUUACAAUGUUGGUGUUAACAAGAUUAAAGGACCAGCUGGCAGAUUGCCCCAGGGUUUGUUAUCUGAGGGUGAUUCAAUCCUGAAACUUGGCCCUUUUAUAGGGACGAAGGCAGAUUUGAAUGGCCUUGAUUGUUCUCUUUCAACAGAGACUGAUAUAAAUACUCCUAUACUUGAUGAACUUCCAGCUGAUGUUCCUGUUGUUGAUGAGGGUUCUACCUCGGCAAAGAAGUCUGGUGGCUAUAUGCCAUCACUCCUUUUGGCUCCAAGAUUGGAUGGUGGCAAAGUUACACAGCAGGAACAGGAACUUUUACAGCUCAGGACCAAAUCCAGUUUUCAUCAAUCGCAACCCAGCCAUGAAUCAUCUUCUCACAUAGAUUUAUCAGGCAGUGUUUCUGAGCAAACAACUACUGUGACAUCUUCAGACUAUAGAAUGAGCAACACAAAAAGAUGUGAGUUUGUAGGUUGUACAAAGGGAGCACGGGGGGCAUCUGGUCUUUGUAUUGGUCAUGGGGGCGGACAGAGAUGCCAAAAACUAGGAUGUAACAAAGGUGCUGAGAGCCGUACUGCAUUCUGUAAAGCCCAUGGUGGUGGGAGGAGGUGCCAGCACUUGGGUUGUACUAAAAGUGCUGAGGGCAAGACAGAUUUUUGCAUUGCUCAUGGUGGUGGGAGACGGUGCCAGUAUCCAGAAGGAUGCACCAAGGCAGCUCGAGGCAAGUCAGGACUUUGCAUUAGACACGGUGGAGGGAAGCGGUGCAAGGUGGAAGGCUGUACCCGCAGUGCUGAAGGACAGGCUGGCUUGUGCAUUUCUCAUGGAGGUGGUCGCCGUUGUCAGUACCAGGGAUGUACAAAGGGUGCCCAGGGAAGUACCAUGUUCUGCAAGGCACAUGGUGGUGGGAAACGAUGCAUCUUUGCAGGGUGCAACAAAGGUGCAGAAGGGAGCACGCCAUUGUGUAAAGGACAUGGUGGGGGAAAGCGCUGCCUCUUUGAUGGUGGUGGUAUCUGUCCAAAGAGUGUACAUGGUGGCACAAAUUUUUGUGUUGCCCAUGGUGGUGGAAAGAGAUGCAUUGUACCAGGUUGCACAAAGAGUGCGCGUGGCCGCACUGAUUGUUGUGUUAGGCAUGGUGGUGGCAAACGUUGUAAGUUUGAGAAUUGUGGGAAAAGUGCCCAAGGUAGCACAGACUUCUGCAAAGCUCAUGGCGGUGGAAAGCGAUGCUCUUGGGGGCAGGGAAAAUGUGAGAAAUUUGCUCGGGGGAAGAGUGGUCUAUGUGCGGCACACAGCAGCAUGGUCCUGGAUCGGGAGACAAACAAGGGAGGUCUUAUUGGUCCUGGACUGUUUCAUGGGCUUGUAUCUGCUGCUUCAACAACAACAGGUAGCAGUUUCGACAACAAUUAUUCAUCAUCAGAAGUUAGUGCUGUAUCUGAUUGCAUCGAGUCACUGGAAAAGCCAGCAAAAAGGCCACAGCUCAUACCUCCGCAGGUAUUGGUACCUCUAUCUAUGAAGUCAUCAUCAUCUUAUUCAAGUUUAUUGAAUAAUGGGAAGCAAGAGAAAGGAGGAAUUGGUUUUGGUGGAAGCAGUGGAAGAAAGAGCUUUGAUUUAAUGAUACCAGAGGGAAGAGUUCACGGCGGGGGACUCAUGUCAUUGUUUGGUGGGAGUCUGAAAGAUCCCAUUGAUGGAAAUUGAAGGUUAUGAUGUAGAAAUAUUAGGGAUAUUUUUAGAAGCAGAAUUGGUGUAUAAGAUUUGGGGUCUGCUGAAACCAUUUAGUAUAUAUAGUCUUUGUUUAAUUAAUUGUGAUCUAUGAAGAUAUGGAGUUGACAUGGAUUAUAAAUAACAGUGGGCGGCCAAGGAAAUGCAUUGGUAUGGCCGUUUUAAUUAAUGUUUAAUAUGUUUGUAUAUAUGUACUCUUGGGUUUGAAUUGUAAGAUGACGCUAUUAUGUUUACUGUUUUUGCUUUCAAGGGCAAGUAAAGAAUUUUAAUUUUUAAGAUUUG